UCGGCCUGGGUGGGCUGGAAGUAGAACCGCAAUGGCGGUCGUCGGCGGCGGCGGCGCUCGGAGGGACUCAGGCAGAGCGGCUGCGAAACCGGCCGCCCCGCUCCCUCUGUCAGACAUCGCAACCUCUGCCUCGCCAAAGCAAGCGCCAUCUUGGCUGGGCGAGCGGAGCGGCGCGGCGAGGCAGACGCAGGGGCGAGCCGAGAACCAACAAAAGGCCCAGAUUUUCCUGUAUAAGAGGACCUUUCUAUGGCAGCAGACCUACUUCAAAGUGAGAAUGGGAGUGGUGCAGAGCUGGCAAAGCCUCUACAUCUGCAGUACCUGGAACGUGCACUACGACUUGACCCCUUCCUGCGCCAAGCUGCAAAUGUAUUCAACAGACCUAUUUCUAGUGACGAGAGUGAUGAUGGGCUUGAGGAGGCUCCCUCACAUUCUAAAACAAGUUGUGGAAACCUGAGCCACAUUAAGAAGGAACCUGUUGAUGAGGAUCUGGGAGAACAACCUGAAGUAGUGCAGAAUAGAACUCUGACCACUCCACCUUCAAUCAAUGGUGCAUUUCAUCCAGCAGAACUUAAAGUUGAGAAGGGAAACGUAUACAAUUUCAGCAAAUUGAAGAAAAGCAGAAAAUGGCUGAAGAACAUUCUCUUGAGUAAUGAGACAUCAGACUCGAACACUGAUGUUGAUGAUACUGAGGGGGAAUUCACCCUCAGCAAAGAAGAGUUGCAUGAUAUGUUACGUCUGCAUAAGUACAGAAAAUUGCACCAGAGCAGGGUGCACAGCAUCAGAGAGCUCCAGCAGUACCAAUACUACAGCACUGGACUGCUAUCCAUGCAUGACCAUUUUUAUGAGCAGCAACGCCAUGUCCUAGGUCCUAGCAGGAAGAAGAAAAAAGAAGAGAAAAAGAUCAAGGCUAAACUAAAGAAAGUGAAGAAGAAGAGGAAGCGUGAGGAGGAGCAUUCUUCUGAAGAAUCCCCACGGAGGGCAGAGAUGAAAAUAUUUGCCAAAUUCUCCCAUGACGCUCCUCCUCCAGGUUCAAAGAAAAAGCACCUUAAUCUGGAGCAGUUGAAUGCACGGCGACGCAAGGUGUGGCUCAGUAUUGCAAAAAAAGAGGUUCCUAAGGUCUACAAGCAGAAAUCCUCAGCGCGCAACAUGGUUCUCACCAACACCAAGAAGCUGGCACACCAGUGUAUGCGAGAAGUGCGGAGGGCUGCCAUCCAGGCACAAAAGAAUUGUAAAGAAACGCUACCACGAGCUCGCAGGCUGACCAAAGAGAUGUUGUUGUACUGGAAAAAAUAUGAUAAAGUAGAGAAGGAACAUCGGAAACGGGCAGAGAAAGAAGCCCUGGAACAGCGGAAACUGGAUGAAGAGAUGCGUGAGGCAAAAAGGCAACAGCGGAAGUUGAACUUUCUAAUCACACAAACAGAGCUGUAUGCACAUUUUAUGAGCCGGAAGCGAACGCCUGGGAAUGAUGCAUUGCAGGAAGAAAUCUUGAUGAAGCUAGAUGACAAUGUAAUGUACAGACAGAUUGACAUAGGAGGUGGUGUUAUGGUUAAUGUCAGUCAAGAGGAUUACGAUAGCGAAUAUUAUAAAGCACAGGCACUGAAGAAUGCAGAAGAUGCUUUUCGAGUGCAACAGGACAGAACCCGGCUAUUUGAUGAAGAGGCAAAGGAGAGCCGCAUGGCUGCACUUCGUGCAGCUAAUGAGUCUGGGACUGGCUUUGGGGAGAGUUACAGUUUGGCUAACCCCUCCAUUCGGGCUGGUGAAGAUAUCCCUCAACCUUCUAUGUUCAAUGGCAAACUCAAAGCCUACCAACUGAAAGGCAUGAAUUGGCUUGCUAAUCUCUAUGAACAGGGCAUUAAUGGGAUCCUUGCUGAUGAAAUGGGGCUCGGUAAAACAGUGCAGAGCAUUGCUUUCUUAGCACAUCUAGCGGAGAGAGAAAACAUCUGGGGUCCGUUCUUGAUCAUCUCUCCUGCUUCCACUCUCAACAACUGGCACCAGGAGUUCUCCAGAUUUGUCUCAAGAUUCAAGGUCCUGCCUUACUGGGGCAACCCACAUGACCGAAAGGUGAUCAGGAAGUUCUGGAGUCAGAAAACAUUGUACACACAAACUGCACCUUUCCAUGUGGUGAUAACCAGUUAUCAGCUGGUGGUUCAGGAUGUGAAGUACUUUCAGCGGGUGAAGUGGCAAUAUAUGGUGCUAGAUGAAGCACAGGCACUUAAAAGCAGUUCCAGUGUUCGUUGGAAGAUUCUGCUACAAUUCCAGUGUCGCAACCGACUGCUGCUUACAGGAACCCCCAUUCAGAACACUAUGGCAGAGCUGUGGGCACUGCUACAUUUCAUCAUGCCAACACUCUUUGAUUCACAUGAUGAAUUCAAUGAAUGGUUUUCCAAGGAUAUUGAAAGCCACGCUGAGAAUAAAUCUGCCAUUGAUGAAAACCAGCUGUCUCGUCUCCACAUGAUUCUCAAGCCCUUCAUGUUAAGGAGGAUCAAAAAGGAUGUGGAGAAUGAGCUCUCUGAUAAGAUUGAGAUACUAAUGUACUGCCAAUUGAAAAGCAGGCAGAAGAUGCUCUAUCAGGCUUUAAAGAACAAAAUUUCCAUUGAAGACCUACUACAGUCAUCCAUGGGAACCACUCAACAGGCCCAGAACACCACCAGCAGUCUUAUGAACCUCGUCAUGCAAUUUCGAAAGGUCUGUAACCAUCCAGAACUAUUUGAACGCCAAGAGACUAAAUCACCUUUUCACAUGUCUCUGAAACCUUACAACAUUCCGAAGCUUAUUUAUAGAGAUGGGCAGAUUAACCACUUCAAUCACUGUCGCAACAGAUGGUUACGAGUCAUUCUGUCCCCAUUUUGUCCAGCUCACAUCCACCAGUCUCUCUUCCAUAGAAAAGGGAAUGAUGAAGGAAAUUGCUUUUCUUUUCUGCGUUUUAUAGACGUUUCGCCUUCAGAAAUGUCAAAUAUCAUGCUUCAGGGGAUGCUUGCAAGGUGGUUAGCUCUUUUUUUGUCACAGAAAGCUUCUUACAGGCUCCACCAUGUACGUAGUUGGAGUGAAUGUGAAGUGAAGAAUCAGGCCCUGAACAGUUCUGAUAUGAUCAUGUGGGUUGAUUCUUGUACAUCUUUCCCCAAUGUUCGCAACAGUAGAACUUUCCAGGAUCUUUGUUUUACUGGCUAUUGCAAAGCAUUUAUCAGCCACAAUCAUCACCGUAUCCAUCGACGGAAAUCUGCUACCUCAACCGUCCGCCACAGUCAGCCUACAGAAAUGCCAGCCUUCCUGUACAGCAGCAUUCCCAGGGUGACCGCAAUCCCACGUGAUAUCUACUGCUGUGAUAGAAGUGCAGAGUAUGAGCGUCGACUGAUGAGAGAAGGAGGCCAACUCACAGCCAAACAGUGCCUCCUGUAUGGAACCCCACAACUAGCACUUAACUGGAAAAAUCGGCUAUCCUCUUUUUUCCCUGAAGAUCCUGGUGGUUUGUUAGCUGUUCAGUUCAGACAUGGCUGGUCCUUUAUUAGGAUCCCUGACAAAGAAAGCCUGAUUACAGACAGUGGGAAGCUGCACACUCUUGACAUCCUCCUGACACGCCUGAAGUCUCAGGGUCAUCGUGUGCUCAUUUACUCCCAGAUGACACGGAUGAUUGAUCUACUGGAGGAGUACAUGGUUUUCAGGCAACAUACUUACAUGAGACUGGAUGGUUCUUCAAAAAUCUCUGAGAGGCGGGAUAUGGUGGCAGACUUCCAGAGCAGGACGGAUAUCUUUGUCUUCCUACUCAGCACCAGAGCUGGCGGCCUUGGCAUCAAUUUAACAGCUGCUGAUACAGUUAUAUUUUAUGACAAUGAUUGGAAUCCAACAGUGGAUCAACAGGCUAUGGAUCGAGCUCAUAGGCUGGGUCAGACCAAACAAGUAACUGUAUAUCGACUCAUCUGCAAGGGAACGAUUGAGGAACGAAUCUUGCAGCGUGCAAAGGAAAAGAGUGAGAUUCAGCGAAUGGUCAUUUCUGGAGGAAACUUCAAACCAGACACACUUAAACCAAAAGAGGUGGUCAGCUUGUUGCUGGAUGACGAGGAACUGGAGAAGAAAUUGCGUCUGCGACAAGAAGAAAAGCGGAUACAAGAAGAAUCAAAUAAAGUGAAAGAUCGAAAGAGAAAACGAGAAAAAUAUGCAGAAAAGAAGAAGAAGGAGGAUAGUGAGAAUGCAAUGAAGAGGAGGAAAGAUGGCUGGAAUAUGUUAACACCCUCGUUAGCAUCUGCCGAUAACUCCAACAUGUCCUCAGGAAACAUGUCAGCAGAUGGAGAGGAAUCUUUCAUUAGUGUGGACUCAGCUAUGCCCAGCCCUUACAGUGAGAUAUCAAUGAGUAGUGAACAGCACACGGGAUCUAUUGCACCCGAUGAAAGCAGCAGUGACCUUGUCAUUGUGGAUGACCCAACAUCAGCCUCUCAAUCCAGAGCAACCAAUUCUCCAGUCUCCGUUGCAGGCUCAACUUCAGAUCACAUGAACGGUGUUUCGCAAGACAAGUCUGGUUCCAGCAUGGGCCCUUCAGGCAGGGGCAGGGGACGUCCAAAAGGAUCUGGGACUACAUCAAAGAGUUCAGGAAAGAAUCGAGGGAGAAAGUCCACUGCUGGUAGUGCAGCAGCAAUGGCAGGAGCCAGGGCAGGGGCAGCAGCCGCUUCAGCUGCUGCAUAUGCAGCAUAUGGGUACAGUGUGUCCAAAGGUAUGGCAAAUAGUGGCCCAGGACAGUCUCCUCUCUCCCGGCCAACUAGCAGCAGCACAUUUGGAAUGAUGAGCACCUCCCCCAUGGGCUCACCGCACAGCAUAUCAAACAGUGUACCAGGAACACCACAAACCCCAGCCGACACUAGCACACCUGCUCUAUCACCUGGCAAGAAAGGCAGCAGGGGUCUGGUUCAGCCUCCAUCGGCUGGGGGCCGGUAACCACCAGCAUUAAUGUAGUUGGUGGUGGGGGUGCCGGGCGAGAGGGAGGGGUGUGAUUGUAUUGAGAGGGAGGGGCGGUGGGGGUGUCACAAAUUUCACAUGUAAGGGUUUAAAAUUUAAAAAGCCUAAUAAGCAAAAUCAUGGAAAAAGCCUUUUCCUCUGAAUGAUGUGUACAUAAUGUUUACCAUGAGAGCACAGAUUCUUGGUUCGUUUUUUUUUUGAAUGUGCUAUUUUUUUAUCGAUGAACUUGUAAAUAUGUACAAAAAAUGGAAAAAAUCAAACAGAAACUGCUAUCUUUUACUAACCCAACAGAGGCUUGUGAGAAUCCAGCUGAGUGAUGAAUAGUAAUUUUAUGAAGAGAUUGUAUGUGUGUGAAUUUUUACUAGUUUCCAGUGCUGAAAGGUAAACAUUCUGAAGUCCUUGUGUUUAAUUUGCAGAGGUAUUAGCCAGUUGCCCUUGAGAACAGAAGCAUCAUUUGCCCUGUGUCACCCUCCAUGCUGCCUCCUUUCCACAACUACAUGUUACUGUUCAGUGGUGGUGCUGUUCCCUCCAGCUGCUAGGAGGGGCUUCCAAAUGCAUCUCUGUCUGAUGUGCUGGUGGUCUCCCCUUUUCACAGACUUUACUGCUUCGAUUGGAAACUCCCAGGCUGUUCACAAGUAUUUGUAAAUUGCUAGGACAGGCAGAACUUGGCAGCUAUCAAUUCACGUAGGGGUAUUCCCUGACAUAGCGCUGCUGCCUGGUGUUUCGAUAUACUUUAUCACGUGUUGAUUCCUGCAAAUUACCCCUCAGGUUUCUGACCUUUCCUGCAUGCCAUCAAGAAGAGCCCGAUUGUGCACAGAUAGCACUGUGACACAGCUUUAGCUCUGGUUGUGUACAGGAGUUUCUCUACCUGUUGUUUUUCCCUCUAUGCCUUUGUGUGUACCCAUUCCUGGACCCUCUGGCACUCAGUCCACUUUCCCUGGCAUUCUGUCUGCUCUCCACUCUUUGUUCUCUGUCUCAUUCUGACCCACAUCAAAGGUCUUGCUGUUGUUCUCCUUUUUGCCUCCGAUUUGGCUUCUUUCCCUUGUUAUGAGCAAAAGAAAAAUAUGCAAUAUUUUAAAUGACGUGUUUUUAUGAAUGUUAAAAUCUGGAGCAUGUGCAGUGAAUGCUGCUGCUCCUCAUUUGAAUCUGUUGUCCUCUCAGUUGCCACCCUUGGUGUUGCCUUUCAUCCCUGGUAGAACGCCAGGCUAGUUUUUCCAUCCAGUGGAAUGGAUCUGUUGAAAGAUUUAAUGUAUAAUUCAGAAGACAUCGUUCUGCUUGUACGGGCAGCUCUGUGAGAUAUGCUGCAACAGCCCUCAUCACCACCCCUCCCCCAUACAGUAGCUCUCCAUUUGCUUCAAGGUAGAGUAGAACCUGAACAGAGUUAAUCCUUGGAAGGCGCUUGUCUUUUAAAACAUCCAGAGGACAAUUGACAACAGAGGACACUAAAAUUAUGAUGAUUCUUGUCCCAUACUUCAGGUUACAUUCCACUUCCACCCCCAGUACGUGUCAAGUACAGAAUCUUCACUGUAAGGCAUCUCUGCUUUCUCAUGGGCAAGCACAUGCUUUUUCCUUUUCCCUUGGCCAAGUAUUGAAUGGUGCCUGUUGAGGUGGGAUCCUGGAGCCCUGUUCCAAAUGGCCACGCUCUGUUUAUUCUGGUCUGCUGAUAAUACACACAUUAUAUCUCUGUGUUCCAACACUUGCAUGUUCUGUUUAAGACUUUUUAAAAACUGGGCAUUGAGUCAGGGAAAUAGUUUUUAAUUCUGUAUUGGCCUGUGCAGAGAUUCAGCUUGUGGCCAAGAGAACAAAGUGGGGAAGUUUUGAGGAGGAUGCAUGGAGGAGGGGGCCUGAAGGGUUAUAUGUGCAAUGUAUGCAGUAUUAGUUCUCGGAAUCAGUUCUUCCCUGCCCACCUCCACAUUGUGGGUUGGUUGACUGAUUUGUUUUACUGCACCCCCAUAACUUAACACAAUCAGUUAAUGAAAUCACACAUGAUUUGUGUUCAACUUUAGCAAGACUGAUUCAGGUACAAACUGUGUCACAAUAAAAUCAGUGUCUAAUGAAAUACUGGUGUUCGUGCUUCUUGAUGUAAGCUUGGCUGUGAAAUAGAGCGUUUUUUGGCAAAUUCACUUAGACAGUGCAUUCCCUCCAACUUUGAUUCUUGGACCAAGCACAACACCUACUAAAUGACAAUAAAAGAGGACUGCGUGUCCUCAUAAUCUAAUAAUCUAAAAACACCUGGACUAAACCAGGGCAACAGAGGGACUAAAUGCAUUACUAAAUGACAAUAAAAGAGUACUGUGUGUCCUCAUAAUCUAAUAAUCUAAAAACACCUCGGCUAAACCAGGGCAACAGAGGGACUGGAACAGUCAAACUGUGCACUGAGAUAAGGUUUCAGGUGGUUUCCAAUUUAGUUCCUUUCUGAGUGACCCUUGCUAGAAAGAGCCUGAAAACAGGUGUGAGAUGAAAGUCAAAUCCAAUUCCUUGUUCCCACAGUAGAACAGACAGCCAGCAUUUAUUUUUGAAAUUUUUCAUAAAGAAUGGCCCCUGGGCUGAAGACUGACUCAUUCUGAUUCCUGUGGUGUAGUACCUCACCAAGGACGAUGUGUGGGAGCUGUGAAGUCCAGUCUGUACCGUCCAUAUGUUAUGGAGGAAGGCGACGAGACCACAGCAGCAAAAUAAUGGGAGGAAAUGAAUGUGUAAUUGGGAGCAAUAGUGUAACAGCUCUGCAAUGUGAGGGAGGAUAUGCAUGUAAAGGGAAGGUUGAGUAGCAACUGAAUAAUGUGAGGGAGCUGACAAAUUUGGAAACCAUUUGAAGGACGUGUGCCUGCGGCAUAGAAACAAAUAGGCCAUUUGCCUCUUGUGCCUGUUCCACCUCUCAGUAAUGUGCCUGAUCUUUUUUCCCUUGGCUCCACUUUCCUGCAGUUAACCUCAUUCUCAUAUUAUCCACAAAUCUCUCUGUCUUGAACAUAGUAACUCAUUCAUGGAGCAGAGAGUUUCAAAGUUUAGCUACCCACUGAAUGAAGAUUUCCCUUCUCGAUUCCAAAUGACCAGCCCCUAUUUUGAGACUAGGACUCAUGGAUCUAGGUUAGAGAUACCCAGCUAUAGAAAAAAAUACCUGCAUCUAUUCUCUGAAAUCCCAUAAGAAUUUUGUAUGUUUCCAUCAAGUCAUCUCUCAAUUUAAAAAGUGCAAGUCCAAUCUACUUAAUCUGCAGACACUCUCUUAGAAUAAUCUCCCAGCCAUUACCUUAACCAAUACUCAAUCUUUGUUGUAUUUCCUCUAUCCCUUUGGAUAGAGAGACAAGACCCAUACAUAAUAUUACAGUCUGAAGUCUCAGCAAGGCUGUAUAUAAUUGCAAUAAGAUGUCUGACUCUAACCCUCCACACAGAAUACCUGUGUCCAGUUGUAUCAAAUGGCAAGAGGCAGAAUGUAAGUGUAUAACAAAAGGUUUGUACUGUAUUAAUUCUUUAUAGCUAUGUGUGUAGGUGGUUGUAAUAUGAGGAGUGGUGAUAUCAUAAAUGACUGAAUGACAUGACUAGUCUAUAAUGUGAGAGCUAAUGACUGUCAUGAAAUUUUUUUAAACUGCGGAUGCUGGAUAUCUGAAAUUAAGCAAAAUGCUGGAGACAAUGCAGUAGGUCAGUCAACAUCACAAUUCAAUAGAUGUAUGCAAACACUGAAUUAGUUCAGAGAAAAUGAACUAAUGUUUCAGGUCAGAGACCCGUUGUGGGUGUGAAGAAAUGUUUUGUCAGAUGCAAUCCUGGCUUCACAUUAUUGUUUUGACCUUUGAUUCGAUGCUGUAGGUAAGCUUCAGUGAAACAGCUAAAUGAAAUAUGAGGGCAAGCAUACCUAUAACUUGUCAAUGAAUCUGUAUCCAUUGCAUGUACAAUGAGAAGCUUGUGAUGUGGGAUAGAAAUGGAAAUCAGGUAACAGUUUGUUACUGUCUUUGGCUUCCUGUUAUAGAAGAAAUAGCUUUGUUCUUUGAAGUCAGUUGUCAAAUACACUGUUAGUGAAGAAGUAAGAGGUAUGGAAGGUUACUGUGACUAGAAGUGGUGUUGGGAUUAACAGAUGCAUACAGCGACCCCUGCAUUACAGUUACAGAUACUGGAGAUCUAAGCAACACACACAAAUGGAGGAACUUGGCAGGACUGAUGAAGGAUCUUGACUGUUUACUCUUUUUCACAGAUGCUGCCUGGCCUGCCGAGUUCCUCCAGCAUUUUGUGUGUGUUGUCUGAAUUACAGUUGUUGCAGUUCUGGAAAUUUGCCCUUAUGGAAUUCAUAAAUCAUUACUCAACAAUUCGACAUGGAGAAUAAAUAUUUCUUGCAGAAUUUAGCUGGAGAAAAAUUAAAAAGAUUUAUACAAAAUGCAAAAGUAGUAACAAAUCUGGUCUUUUUAAAACUCAUUUCUUGAUUCAUGCAAAAUAAUGUUGCUUUUUUAAAGAAUUAAUUAACUUUGCUAUCUAGCACAUUUUAUUCUCUCUCCCCCCCCCCACCCCCGAGUCUUUCCACAUUAAUCACCCUCAAAGUAUCUGUAAUGAGGCCAGUAAGUUUAAUUGAAACUUGUAGAACAUAGAACAUAGAAUAGUACAGCACAGUACAGGCCCUUCGGCCCACAAUGUUGUGCUGACCCUCAAACCCUGCAUCCCAUAUAAGCCCCCACCUUAAAUUCCUCCAUAUACCUGUCUAGUAGUUUCUUAACUUCACUAGUGUAUCUGCCUCCACCACUGACUCAGGCAGUGCAUUCCAUGCACCAACCACUCUCUGAGUAAAAAAACUUUCCUCUAAUAUCCCCCUUGAACUUCCCACCCCUUGCCUUAAAGCCAUGUCCUCUUGUAUUGAGCAGUGGUGCCCUGGGGAAGAGUCGCUGGCUAUCCACUCUAUCUAUUCCUCUUACUAUCUUGUACAUCUCUAUCAUGUCUCCUCUCAUCCCCCUUCUCUCCAAAGAGUAAAGCCCUAGCUCUCUUAAUCUCUGAUCAUAAUGCAUACUUUCUAAACCAGGCAGCAUCCUGGUAAAUCUCCUCUGUACCCUUUCCAAUGCUUCCACAUCUUUCCUAUAGUGAGGUGACCAGAACUGGACACAGUAGUCCAAGUGUGGCCUAACCAGAGUUUUAUAGAGCUGCAUCAUUACAUCGCGACUCUUAAACUCUAUCCCUCGACUUAUGAAAGCUAACACCCCAUAAGCUUUUUUAACUACCCUAUCCACCUGUGAAGCAACUUUCAGGGAUCUGUGGACAUGUACCCCAAGAUCCCUCUGCUCCUCCCACUACCAAGUAUCCUGCUAUUUCCUUUGUACUCUGCCUUGGAGUUUGUCCUUCCAAAGUGUACCACCUCAUACUUCUCCAGGUUGAACUCCAUCUGCCACUUCUCAGCCCACUUUUGCAUCCUAUCAAUGUCUCUCUGCAAGCUUUGACAAUCCUCUACACUAUCUACAACACCACCGACCUUUGUGUCAUCUGCAAACUUGCCAACCCACCCUUCUACCCCCACAUCCAGGUCGUUAAUAAAAAUCACGAUAAGUAGAGGUCCCAGAACAGAUCCUUGUGGGACACCGCUAGUCACAAUCUUCCAAUCUGAAUGUACUCCCUCCACCACGACCCUCUGCCUUCUGCAGGCAAGCCAAUUCUGAAUCCACCUGGCCAAACUUCCCUGGAUCCCAUGCCUUCUGACUUUCUGAAUAAG